AUCUGUCUGUGAAGAUGGCUUCAUAAUAAAGUCAGAUACCCGGUCAAAGUUUUUAGAUAAUUUAUGGAAUUAUCUGGUAAAUAAACUUGUUUUGCGAAGAUAGAAGGUUAAUUUGUCAAUUAAAAUUGUGUAGAAAUAAUUGUACAUCAACAUGCAUUUGUAUAAUCUCACGUUACAAAAGGCAACAGCAAUAACACACGCAAUAUAUGGCAAUUUCUCAGGAACGAAAAUGCAAGAGAUUGUUAUAUCUCGAGGCAAAAUCUUGGAAGUUUUAAGGCCAGAUCCUAAUACCGGCAAAGUUCACACUUUGCUCUCUACAGAAGUUUUUGGUAUUAUUAGGUCUCUUAUGCCUUUCCGAUUAACUGGUGGAACCAAAGAUUAUGUAAUAGUGGGAUCAGAUUCUGGAAGAAUAGUGAUUUUAGAGUACAUGCCGCAGAAAAAUCUAUUCGAAAAAGUCCACCAAGAAACGUUUGGUAAAUCUGGGGUGAGGCGAAUAGUGCCAGGUCAGUAUCUUGCAGCAGAUCCUAGAGGUAGAGCUGUAAUGAUAGGUGCUGUUGAGAAACAGAAACUAGCAUAUAUUUUGAACAGAGAUGCUCAGGCACGUCUGACUAUUUCUUCACCAUUAGAAGCACACAAAAGUAAUACCUUAGUUUAUCAUAUGGUUGGAGUUGAUGUAGGAUUUGAUAAUCCUACAUUUGCGUGCCUGGAAAUUGAUUAUGAAGAUGCAGAUUCAGAUCCAACAGGGGAAGCUGCACAAAAAACCCAACAAACAUUGACUUUUUAUGAAUUGCAUUUGGGGACAAAUCAUGUCGUCAGAAAAUAUUCGGAACCCUUAGAAGAACACGCAAAUUUCCUUGUUACUGUGCCAGGUGGUUAUGAUGGACCUUCCGGUGUUUUAAUUUGUUCUGAAAAUUAUUUAACUUAUAAAAACUUAGGAGAUCAGCACGACAUUCGAUGCCCUAUCCCUAGGCGGAGAAAUGAUCUUGAUGAUCCUGAGAGAGGAAUGAUAUUUGUUUGCUCUGCAACACACAAAACUAAGUCCAUGUUCUUUUUCUUGGCACAAACUGAACAAGGUGAUAUCUUUAAAAUCACAUUAGAAAGUGAAGACGACAUGGUCACUGAAAUAAAACUGAAAUAUUUUGAUACAGUUCCUGUGGCAACAGCAAUGUGCGUGUUGAAAACAGGUUUCUUAUUUGUUGCCUCUGAGUUUGGCAACCAUUACCUAUACCAAAUUGCUCAUCUAGGAGAUGACGAUGAUGAGCUAGAAUUCAGCUCGGCUAUGCCAUUGGAAGAGGGUGAUACUUUCUUCUUUGCACCAAGAAGCUUGAGAAAUCUAGUAUUAGUUGAUGAGAUAGAGUCCCUCUCUCCAAUUUUAUGUAGUAAAGUAGCAGAUUUAGCGGGGGAAGAUACCCCCCAGCUAUAUAUGAUGUGCGGUAGGGGCCCUCGCUCUUCUCUAAGAGUAUUGAGGCACGGAUUGGAAGUGUCUGAAAUGGCUGUCUCAGAACUGCCAGGUAACCCAAAUGCUGUGUGGACGGUGAAAAAAAGGAGCGAUGAUGAAUAUGAUGCCUAUAUUAUUGUAUCUUUCGGAAAUGCCACGCUGGUAUUGAGUAUUGGAGAAACGGUAGAGGAAGUUACAGAUAGUGGAUUCUUGGGAACUACACCUACUUUAUCGUGUUCUGCUUUAAGUGAUGAUGCUCUAGUACAGGUUUAUCCUGAUGGAAUAAGACAUAUAUGUGCUGAUAAACGUGUGAAUGAGUGGAAGGCACCUGGAAAGAAGACCAUAGUUAAGUGUGCUGUAAAUCAACGUCAAGUGGUGAUUGCUCUGUCUGGCGGAGAACUAGCUUAUUUCGAGAUGGAUCCCACCGGUCAGCUGCAUGAAUAUAAAGAAAGGAAAAGAAUGAACUCUGACGUGCUCUGCAUGGCUUUGGGAAGCGUACCACCCGGUGAACAGAGAUCGCGUUUCUUGGCCGUGGGUCUGUCCGAUAGCACUGUCAGGAUUAUUUCUCUCGAUCCAAAUGACGGCUUAGCACCCAGAUCAAUGGAAGCGUUGCCGGUUUGCGCUGAAUCCCUUUGCAUUGUACAGAUGGGCUGCACAGAAAGAGACCCAGAUAACGCAGCUGCUGCUAGCACUACUAGCAGCCUGUACCUCAACAUUGGACUGCAGAACGGUGCUCUGUUGAGGACCGUGUUAGAUCCCAUUACAGGCGACCUAACAGAUACUCGUACAAGAUAUUUGGGAUCAAGACCAGUCAAAUUGUUCAGGAUAAGGAUGCAGCAAUCAGAAGCAGUUUUGGCCAUGAGCAGUAGAUCUUGGCUCAGUUAUUAUUACCAAAAUCGUUUUUACUUAACCCCGCUUUCCUACGAGAGUUUGGAAUAUGCAUCAGGCUUCAGUUCCGAGCAGUGUCCAGAGGGUAUCGUAGCUAUUUCUACCAACACUCUGAGAAUUUUGGCUCUGGAAAAGUUAGGGGCCGUUUUCAAUCAGGUAUCCUUCCCAUUGGAAUACACCCCCAGGAAAUUCAUAAUUCAUCCGGAAACAAACAAUCUUCUUGUCAUCGAAACCGAACACAAUGCCUAUACUGAGGAAACGAAGAAACAGAGAAGGUUACAAAUGGCGGAAGAGAUGAAAGAAGCCGCCGGUGAGGAGGAGCAAGAACUGGCGAAGGAGAUGGCUGACGCUUUCCUGAACGAGGACCUGCCAGAGAACAUCUUUUCAGCGCCCAAAGCUGGGCAUGGUAUGUGGGCCUCCACUAUAAAAAUUUUGGAUCCUGUACACGGGACGUGUUACAAAUUGUUGAGGCUCGAGCAGAACGAAGCGGCCAUGUCCUUGUGUCUGGUCAAAUUCCACGGUCAACCGGAACAUCAGUGGUUCCUCAUUGUGGGCGUAGCUAAGGAUUUCCAAUUGAACCCCAGACAAUGCAAUUCCGGUUUUCUGGACACGUACAAAGUGAAUACAACAGGAAGGGAGUUGGAAUUGGUGCACAGGACGCCAGUUGAUGAGGUGCCGAUGGCUCUGUGUUCUUAUAACGGAAGACUGCUAGCGGGAAUCGGAAGGAUGUUGCGUCUAUACGAUAUGGGCAAGAAGAAACUUCUGAGGAAAUGCGAGAACAAACACAUUCCCAACCUCAUAGUUAACAUCCUAGCGAUGGGCAAGAGGAUAUUUGUCUCGGAUGUUCAAGAAUCCGUACUGAUGGUUAGGUAUAAAAGAGUAGAGAAUCAGCUCAUCAUUUUCGCCGACGAUACCCAUCCCAGAUGGAUAACAUGCACCGCUGUGUGUGACUAUGAUUCGGUUGCUACUGCCGAUAAGUUCGGCAAUUUUGCUAUACUCAGGCUACCGCCCAAUGUUAGUGACGACGUAGAAGAAGAUCCAACCGGCCACAAGGCCCUGUGGGACAGAGGCCUUCUGAAUGGCGCUUCGCAGAAAACUGAAACGUUAGCAUCCUUCCAUGUGGGAGAAACCGUAACCUCCCUCCAGAAAGCGACCCUUAUUCCGGGAGGUUCCGAGUCCUUGAUUUACACAACUCUUUCUGGGACGGUUGGCGUAUUAGUACCUUUCACCGCGCACGAAGACCACGACUUCUUCCAGCAUCUGGAGAUGCACAUGCGUAGCGAAAAUUCUCCACUGUGUGGCAGGGAGCAUCUUUCUUUCCGGAGUUAUUAUUAUCCUGUCAAGAAUGUUAUCGAUGGAGAUUUAUGCGAGCAGUAUAAUUCUUUGGAGCCGGCCAAACAGAAGAGUAUAGCGCAAAAUUUGGAAAAAACGCCUGCUGAGGUGUCGAAGAAAUUGGAAGAUAUCAGAACGAGAUACGCAUUUUAAAUUGUGAAAAUUGAAUUUAAUUUAAGGUUUAGACAUAAAACUGAUUUUUAUAAAGUGUUCCUCCUGA